AUGUCUGCAGUCAACCAAGACGCGGAUUGGGAGGACUUGAGUCGUCCAAACUGGCGCGGUUUGGGUGUCGCAGAUCCCAUCAAACACGUAGAGGACAAAUGGCUCCUACUCCCCGCUUUCUUGAAAGUGAAAGGUCUUGUCAAACAACACAUCGAUUCGUUUAACUAUUUCGUCGAUGUCGACAUUAAAAACAUUGUCAAAGCUAACAACAAAGUCACUUCCGACGUCGAUCCGCGAUUCUGGCUCAAAUACACGGACAUCCAUGUCGGUUUCCCCGAUCGUACUGACUUGGAUGCCAUCGACAAGAGUAUCACUCCUCAUGAAUGUCGUCUUCGAGACAUAACCUACAGCGCACCCAUCCUUGUUACCAUUCAGUACACUCGUGGAAAAAAUGUUGUGAGGAGGCCUAACGUCAACAUCGGAAGACUGCCUAUCAUGCUUCGCAGCAACAAGUGCAUUUUGACCGGCAAGUCAGAGGCUCAGCUUGCUCGUAUGGAUGAGUGUCCUCUUGACCCAGGCGGUUACUUCGUUGUCAAAGGCACGGAAAAGGUCAUCCUUGUCCAGGAACAACUGAGCAAGAACCGAAUAAUCGUGGAAACGGACCCUGUCAAGGGUGUUGUCCAGGCCUCUUGUACUUCCUCAACGCACGGCGGCCUCAAGUCUAAGACCUACGUCGCUACAAAAAAGGGCAAAAUCUAUCUGCGCCACAAUUCUGUUCACGAUGAUGUUCCCAUAGUCAUCGCUCUUAAAGCGCUUGGCAUUCAAUCAGACAAGGAGAUCCUUCUCCUUACAGCAGGUAACACAGAAGCAUACAAAUCCGCCUUCUCGGCGAACCUUGAGGAAGCCGCCAAACUUGGGGUCUUCACUCGCCACCAGGCACUAGAAUGGAUAGGUUCCAGGGUGAAGGUGAACCGUAAAGUUGUCGGACCAAAGCGGCCAGCAUGGGAAGAAGCCAUGGAGGCGCUUGCAACGAUCGUUCUGGCCCACGUCCCUGUCGCCGGAAUGGAUUUUCGAUCUAAGGCUAUCUUCGUUGCUACCAUGACUCGCCGUGUUUUGAUGGCAAUGCACGAUGAAAAGAUGGUCGAUGAUCGUGACUAUGUAGGCAAUAAACGUCUUGAGCUCGCCGGUCAGCUUCUUGCCCUCCUUUUCGAGGAUUUGUUCAAAACCUUUAAUGCGAACCUGAAAGCAUCCAUCGAUAAAGUUCUCAAGAAGCCAUCACGGACGAACGAGUUUGACGCAUUCAACACGAUGCAAUUCCAAGGCGACCAUAUCACAUCCGGUUUUGUUCGUGCAAUUUCCACCGGUAAUUGGUCACUUAAGCGAUUCAAGAUGGAAAGAGCUGGCGUCACGCACGUUUUGAGCAGACUGAGUUUCAUAUCCGCUCUUGGAAUGAUGACUCGUAUCUCGUCUCAGUUUGAAAAGACCCGGAAAGUCAGCGGUCCUCGUGCCCUUCAACCUAGUCAGUGGGGCAUGCUGUGUCCCAGUGACACCCCUGAAGGAGAAGCUUGUGGCCUUGUCAAGAAUCUUGCACUCAUGACACAUAUUACGACUGAUGUAGAAGAAGAGCCUAUCAUACGUUUAGCAUUUAUGCUUGGAGUGGAAGAUAUCAGCAUGGCCACCGGUACGGAGAUAUAUGGUCCACACACUUUCGCAGUAAACGUAAAUGGAACCAUCAUUGGUUUGACGCGUCAUCCUGCACGGUUCGUUUCCAACUUCCGAAGGCUGCGCAGGUCGGGCCGAUUUAGCGAAUUUGUGAGCGUCUACGUGCACUAUCACCACCGCGUUGUUCACAUCGCGAGCGAUGGCGGUCGGAUCUGCCGGCCCCUAAUUAUCGUUGAAAAUGGGUGUCCCAGAGUCACGUCAGAGUACAUCCAGCGACUGAAAGCUGGCGCCCUCACGUUUGAUGAUUUCUUGCGAAAUGGUCUUGUGGAAUACCUUGAUGUCAAUGAGGAAAAUGACUCGUACAUUGCCUUGUAUGAAUCAAACAUAGUUCCAGCCACUACGCAUCUGGAGAUCGAGCCUUUCACCGUAUUGGGGGCAGUUGCAGGCCUCAUCCCCUAUCCUCACCACAAUCAGUCCCCUCGCAACACGUACCAAUGCGCGAUGGGCAAACAGGCGAUAGGCGCAAUCGCGUACAACCAAUUCAACAGGAUCGACACACUUCUUUAUUUGUCAGUUUAUCCCCAGCAGCCAAUGGUAAAGACGAAAACUAUCGAGCUCAUUGGUUACGAUCGCCUUCCGGCAGGUCAGAAUGCGACUGUGGCUGUCAUGAGUUAUUCUGGUUACGAUAUUGAGGAUGCGCUCAUUCUCAACAAGGCCAGUACCGCAAGCCUUGACCGCGGGUAUGGGAGAUGCCAAGUGCUGCGUAAAAAUGCUACCCUUAUUCGCAAGUACCCUAACGGCACAUUCGACCGGUUGGCAGACGCACCAUUGGAUGAGAACGGGUCAACACAAAAGAAAUACGACAUCAUCCAGUUGGACGGCCUGGCCGGUGUGGGAGAACGAGUGGACCCGGGGGACAUCUACGUAAACAAGCAGACCCCCACGAAUGCAAAUGACAACACGUUCACCGGCCAGGCCGCGACCGUUCCAUACAAGAACACGCCACUCACGUACAAAUCUCCCGUGGCGGGCUACAUAGACAAAGUGCUGGUUAGUGAUACCGAAAACGACCAGACCUUAAUCAAGGUCUUGAUCCGGCAGACUCGGAGGCCGGAACUGGGCGACAAAUUCUCAUCUCGUCAUGGUCAGAAGGGUGUGUGUGGUCUGAUUGUGAACCAGGAGGAUCUGCCUUUCAACGACCAAGGUAUCAGUCCGGAUACAAUCAUGAAUCCCCACGGCUUUCCGUCUCGGAUGACAGUAGGAAAAAUGAUCGAGCUGCUGGCUGGAAAGGCUGGAGUAUUGUCAGGGAAACUUCAAUACGGCACAGCGUUCGGAGGGUCCAAGGUGGAAGACAUGUCCCGGAUCUUGAUUGAGCAUGGCUUCAACUACGCAGGGAAAGACAUGCUUACCAGCGGUAUUACUGGAGAGCCGAUGGAAGCAUAUGUGUACUUUGGGCCCAUAUUCUACCAAAAACUCAAACACAUGGUGAUGGACAAGAUGCACGCCCGCGCAAGAGGCCCACGUGCGACAUUGACGCGACAGCCGACAGAAGGUCGAUCCCGGGAUGGUGGUCUACGGUUGGGUGAAAUGGAGCGCGACUGUCUCAUUGGAUAUGGCGCUACUCAAUUGUUACUCGAGCGUCUCAUGAUUUCGUCAGACAAGUUUGAAGUGAACGCGUGUCAGGAGUGCGGACUGAUGGGUUACAAUGGGUGGUGUCCUUACUGCAAGAGCUCGAAAAAGAUGGCCAAGCUUACCAUACCUUACGCUGCCAAACUACUCUUCCAAGAGCUCAUGGCGAUGAACGUCGUACCACGUCUCGUUUUAGAUGAUGCGUGA